ACAUCGUGGACAUUAAGCCGGCCAACAUGGAGGAGCUCACGGAGGUGAUCACGGCGGCCGAGUUCCACCCCCAUCACUGCAACACCUUCGUGUACAGCAGCAGCAAAGGGACAAUCCGGCUGUGCGACAUGCGGGCGUCGGCCCUGUGUGACAGGCACACCAAAUUUUUUGAGGAGCCGGAAGAUCCAAGCAACCGGUCGUUUUUCUCUGAAAUUAUCUCUUCGAUUUCGGAUGUGAAGUUCAGCCACAGUGGGAGGUACAUCAUGACCAGGGACUAUCUGACCGUUAAAGUCUGGGAUCUCAACAUGGAAAACCGCCCCAUCGAGACUUACCAGGUUCAUGACUACCUCCGCAGCAAAUUGUGCUCCCUCUACGAAAACGACUGCAUUUUUGAUAAAUUCGAGUGCGUGUGGAAUGGGUCAGACAGCGUCAUCAUGACCGGCUCCUACAACAACUUCUUCAGGAUGUUUGACCGAAACACCAAGCGUGAUGUCACCCUGGAGGCCUCGAGGGAAAACAGCAAACCCCGGGCUAUCCUGAAACCGCGAAAAGUGUGCGUGGGGGGCAAGCGGAGAAAAGACGAGAUCAGCGUCGACAGCCUGGACUUUAGCAAAAAGAUCUUGCAUACAGCUUGGCAUCCUUCAGAAAAUAUUAUAGCAGUGGCGGCUACAAAUAACCUAUAUAUAUUCCAGGACAAGGUUAACUAGGAGGACAAGUUAUUAUUGCUUAAUAAUCUCACAUACUGAAUACUAGUCAAACAUGUUUUUAAA